UCAGUGGGUCGUUGUUUUACCGGCAACAAACUGAGGAAGGGAUUCCGGAGACAUUUGUCAUGAGAAAAUAUCGGAAAGAUGUCAGGGAACGAAUCGGACUCAAGUUCAAAAGAUGAAACUUGUAUUUUCUGUUUGAUAGCUCACGAACAAGACAAAGAAACGGAAAUCAUAAAAAAGAACAAGGAGCUGGUGUGUUUCAGGGACAUUAAUCCUGCUGCUCCCCACCAUUACCUGGUUAUUCCCACACAGCACAUACACAGCUGCUACUCACUGCACAGGGGACACGUCAACUUCGUUAAACAAAUGGCUGAGAUGGGGAAAGCUAUACUACAAGACCAAGGGUUCACUAACAAGAAGGACAUAAGUCUGGGGUUCCACCAACCUCCCUUCACUUCAGUUGAUCACCUCCACCUCCAUGUGCUCGCCCCCGCCAGCCAAAUCUCAAAGUACAUGCAGUAUAAGUUCAUUCCAGGGGGCGAACGUUUUGUAACUGCAAAAUGUCUCCGAAAGCGCCUAAAGCAUAGUCCUCCACCAGUAGACCAUCCUUAGAAAGCUGAAUGUGGUCUGUUUGAGGCAGCAGCUCCCAAAGCCAUGGUUUGGACUAUACCAGCGGUCAUUCUUUGAAUCUUUGAACCAGAAUGAGCCAUGUGGAGAAGAUGCUUUUAAAAUAACACUCAGAUUGUGUGAUCUGCCCAGCCUGUUGGGUCGUCCCCUGGGGCGACCUCCCGAACAUUGUGGCCCCCCUGUUCUGCCCGGCCUGUUGGGUCGUCCUCCGGGAUGGCCUCCCGAACUCUGUGGCCCCCCUGUUCUGCCCGGCCUGUUGGGUCGUCCUCUGGUACGGCCUCCCGAACUCUGUUUCCCGCCUGGUCUGGACUCAUGGGUCAUCCCGCGGGACACCCACCUGAACUGUUUUGCCCUCCUUGUCUGUUGUGUCGACCUCCGGGUAUGCCUCCGGGUAUGCCCCUGAACUUCACCUCUGGCCGCCUUGGUCGGCCUCCUGAACUGCCUUGCCCUGCCGGUAUUUGGCCCUUUGAGACUUUUGGUUUUGUUUUUCUGGCCCUCCACCUGGCCUCCCUCCGCCCACCCUGGGCCGGCUUGACCUGUUUGGGGUUUUUUUGUGAUGUUUCGUUUUAGGACGUCAGGGGCCGUCCUUUUGAGGGGGGGGUACUGUCACACUCUGCCUGUCUGCCUUGCGGUGUUUUGCACUUUUGUGUUUAGUUAGCGUUAUUUUAGUCUGUUGGGUUUUGGGGGUCUGUCUUGUCUUUCGUCUAGUAUUCGGUAACCCUUGUCAUGUCUGUUACCCCAGUGAUCCCUCUGGGUCCUCCAACCUGCUCAACCCUGCCUUCACCACAAAACCGUGACAGGUCUGGCCCAUGGCGUAGGCGGUUGCCUAGGGCACAAAAUGUCAGGGGGUGCCGCAAUAGAAAGGCGCGAGUCUUAUGCAAAACCGGUGUAUAUUGUGAUAGUAAUCAAGUGCACCUCGCACUGUAAGUCGGGAUAGUUGUGACGAGUGGUUACGUCACUGGUAGGGUUUUGAAAUAUAAAAAUCUAAAAACUGAGGCACAACGUUGCUCUGUUUGGGACUGUGAGCCACACUUUAUUGGAACUGCUUAAGUUAAAGUGGUGGUAUU